AGAAGGUUUUAUAUUGAUUUUUUUAAAAAUUAGUUUGGCAUCAAAGUUGCCAUUUCCAGGUAAAUCGUCAAGCUCAGUCGCCAUUUAUCAGAAGAAGCACAUGCUUUUUGCGAAUUGUCAAAGUUCACAUUGAAAAUUUUAUUGCUAAAUAGAAUCAAGUACUGCCGGAGAAGGUGUUGGCUCUUUUCAUUAAGGUUGAAAUGCAUGCUGCCCUAGUGAGCAAGAAGAAGAAAGACUUCUUAGCUUUACCUGCGCCUCUGGGAUACGUUGCUGGAGUUGGAAGAGGAGCUACAGGCUUUACCACUCGGUCAGACAUUGGACCGGCUCGCGAGCAAAGCGAUGUAACUGAUGAACGUCAUGCGCCACCACCUAAAAAGAAAGACGACGAUGAAGAUGAAAAUGAAGAUUUGAAUGAUGCUAAUUUUGAUGAGUUCAAUGGAUAUGGAGGCAGUCUGUUCGGAAAUGCACCUUACGAGAAAGACGAUGAGGAGGCCGAUAUGAUAUAUGAUUCAAUCGACAGGCGACUGGACGAGAGAAGAAAAGAACGAAGAGAGCUGAAGUUUCAAGAAGAAGUUAGGAAAGUGCGAGAGGAAAGACCCAAGAUACAGCAGCAGUUUUCAGAUUUGAAGCGCAAAUUAGCCGAAGUGAGUAGCGACGAGUGGUUAAAUAUACCGGAAGUGGGGGAUAGUCGAAAUAGGAAGCAGCGCAGUUUGCGUCAAGAGCAAAUGACACCUUUGCCGGACUCGGUUUUAGCGCGUGCUGCCGGUCAAGAUGCGACGACAUCUUCGGUUGAUCCAAAAGCAGGCCUUACAACUCCGGGUACGCUCUCAACAUUGGGAACAUCAAGCGUCGAUUUGAGGAAAGUGGGCGAGGCAAGAAACACUCUGAUUGACAUAAAAUUGAAGCAGGUUUCAGAUUCCGUUACUGGACAGACCACAGUCGAUCCGAAGGGAUACUUGACUGAUUUGCAAUCUAUGUUGCCAGCCUAUGGGGGCGAUAUACAAGACGUGAAGAAAGCGAGGUUGUUGUUGAAAUCAGUGCGCGAUACCAAUCCAGGUCAUGCUCCUGCUUGGAUAGCCUCAGCUAGGUUGGAAGAGGUUGUUGGUAAGUUGCAAGUGGCCAGAAACUUAAUAAUGAAGGGAACCGAGGCCUGUCCAAAAAGUGAAGACUGUUGGCUAGAAGCAAUCAGAUUACAGCCUGGAGAUACCGGAAAAGUGGUAGUAGCACAAGCUGUGCGGCAAUUACCAUUGUCCGUUAAAUUGUGGUUGAAAGCAGCAGAUCUCGAAGCUGAUAAUAAGGCGAAGAAAAGGGUAUAUAGGAAGGCUCUGGAACAUAUUCCCAAUUCAGUGAAGCUGUGGAAAACUGCGGUAGACUUGGAGGACGAAGACGAGGCCCGAAUUAUGCUUGGAAGAGCUGUUGAGUGUUGUCCUCAAAGCGUAGAUAUGUGGUUGGCUCUCGCAAAAUUAGAAGGCUAUGAAAAUGCUAAGGCAGUUUUGAAUAAAGCUAGACAAAAUAUUCCGAAUGACAGGCAAAUUUGGCUCACAGCUGCGAAGCUGGAAGACACGGCUGGUAACCGAGAGAAUGUAGACAAGAUCAUCAAGAGAUCUAUAGAGUCACUGCGAAAUCAUAGAGUUGACGUUUCAAGGGAAGAGUGGCUGACUGAUGCGGAAAAUUGUGAGAAAGCUGGGAAUAUCUUAACAUGUCAGGCUAUAAUAUCGAACGUCAUAGGAAUGAACGUUGACGAACAAGAUCGCGAAGAUGUCUGGCUAGAUGAUUCAGAGACUAUGACCUCAAAGGGUUCCAUAGAAUGCGCCAGAGCAAUAUACAUGCACGCCCUUCAUAUUUUCCCCAGUCACCAACGAAUAUGGGAGGAAGCCGCUCAUUUCGAGCGCGCGAAAGGAUCACGUGAGACCUUGGAAUCGUUGUUGCAACAAGCAGUUAUACAUUGUCCCAAAGCAGAGGACCUAUGGUUAAUGGGUGCCAAGACAAAGUGGCUUGCUAAUGACGUGAAUGCCGCUCGCCAGAUUCUAGCACUUGCAUUCAAAGCGAACCCGAACAGUGAGAAAAUUUGGCUAGCUGCGGUGAAACUGGAAAGUGAAAACGGGCAUUUCUCAAGAGCGAGAACCUUGCUGAAAAAUGCACGAAGUAGCUCGAUGACAGCUCGAGUACUGAUGAAGUCAAUAAAAUUGGAAUGGGCUCUGGGCGAGUUUGACGAAGCGAAGAGGCUAGCUCGAGAAGGUGUGAAGAUGUAUGAAAACUUCGACAAAAUGUGGAUGAUGCUUGGUCAAUUAGAGCAGAUAUCAAACAAUACUGAAGAAACUAGAAAACUUUACAACGAUGGACUGAAGAAAUGUCCACAUGCAAUAACACUUUGGAUCCUUUUGUCCAGGUUUGAGGAAAACCUGAAAAAUGUCAUACGAGCCCGCGCUUUGUUAGAAAAGGCCAGGUUAAAGAAUCCUCAAAAUGCGGAUCUAUGGUUGGAAGCUAUUCGACUCGAAAUGAGAAAUGGUAAUCAUGUAAUUGGCCAUAAUCUAAUGGCGCGGGCUUUGCAAGAAUGUCCUACGGCCGGAAAGCUUUGGUCCGAAGCAAUUUUUAUGGAGGGUCGGCCCCAGCGGAAAUCCAAAAGUCUGGACGCUCUGAAGAAAUGCGAGCAUGACCCUCAUGUUGUUUUGAGUAUUGCUCUUUUGUUCUGGUGUGACAGGAAAAUCCAGAAAAGUCGUGACUGGUUCGCUAGGGCUUUAAAGCUGGACAGCGAUCUGGGUGACAGUUGGGCUUAUCUGUACAAAUUUGAGAAACAGUAUGGAAAGGAAGAGGUGUUAAAGGAAAUUGAAGCGCGGUGUGAAAAAGCUGAUCCUAGACACGGCGAGUACUGGUGUAAAGUGUCAAAAGAUAUUAUAAAUUGGCGAAAAGACACAUGUGAAGUUUUGAAAUUAGUAGCCGACAGCUUGCCACCAAUCGAAAAACUCUGAAGUGAUUGAAAGUUGUCAAAAAACUUGAGGACGGUAAGAGGAACUGUUGGAAAAGUCUACAAGAGGCGCGAAGGCGGAAUGGACAAUUCCAAUUAGUACAAAGUUGUGCUACGCAUUGCGUGAAACUUUUCUGUAGUGUAUUUGUCAUUUCGAUUAUCGGAAUUAAUUAAUUAUUGUCGCCA